GGGAUUUGGAUAUUGCGAAUAUAGGUAUUAUAAUAGGUGUAAUUGUGUAAAUCACAGCUGAGUUUGUAAACAAAACAAAGCAACGAAAAAUUAAUUCUAACUUUGCAAAUGCUAAUCUAUAAAUGAAUAAAUCAAGUGCAGGUUUCAUCGCAGUUCAUCUAGGAGCAGGACAACAUUCGACUGUAUUAAAAGAAAAAUACCAAAAAUUGAGUAAAGAAGCAUGUGAAAAAGGAAUAGAGUCUUUAAAGCAAUCUAAAAAUGUACUUGAUGCUGUUGUUGAUGCUGUGAUUGUUUUAGAAGAUUCUCCAUUAACAAAUGCUGGAUAUGGUUCUAAUUUAACUUAUGAAGGAAAUGUAGAAUGUGAUGCCAGUAUUAUGGAUGGUGCGACCCUCCAUUAUGGAGGUGUUGGUGCAAUCACUGGUGUUAAGAACCCAAUUGAAGUAGCCAAACGCUUGUGUCAGUAUCAAACAUUUGAUAUUGGACAUGGUAGGGUCCCACCAAGUUUUUUAGUUGGGUCUGGAGCUCUUACAUGGGCCAAGGAAAUGGGUAUUAAGUCUGUACCUCCUGAAAAUUUAAUAUCAGUAAAAGCUCAAAAAGUUUAUAAACACUACAAGAGGAAAGUGGAAAAUGAUACCAUUGAGAUUGGUCAGCAAUUAAAGAGGCGAUUGGAUACAGUAGGAGCUGUUUGCAUCGAUCAAUAUGGAAAUGUAGCCUCUGCAUGUUCAAGUGGAGGAAUCAUUUUAAAAUACCCAGGACGUGUUGGUCAAGCAGGUGUUUGGGGUUGUGGUGUAUGGGCAAGCAAAGGAAGCAUUUCCGUUGGUACAAGUACAUCAGGAUGUGGAGAGCAUCUUAUUAAAACAACAUUAGCUCGCACAAUUGCAGAAUCAAUUGAACAAACUGACUGUCCUACUAGAAGUUUACAUGAUACCAUGCAUUCAAAUUUUCUUGAUUCUAGAUUUCUAAAAGAUCUCAAUGAAAAAUAUGGAGGUGUCCUUGCAAUAAGAUACUCUGCAGAGGAUGGCUGUGGCGAUUUUCUUUGGAGCCAUACAACUAACAGUAUGAUAAUAGGGUACAUGAAUUCAAAUGACAAAUCUGCCAAGAGCCGUAUGUCGAUUUUAUCUCCUCCUGAAGUUGGAAAGAAAGCUAUCAUUGAAGGGAUACUUUUUAAAUUACAAGAACCAAAUGAAUGUAAAUAAUGCAUAGGUACAUGUAUAAUAUUUUUAUAUAAGUAUAUAAACUAUUUAAUAAUUAACAAUA